CACUUCCUCCCUCCUCAUGUCCCCAGUGCCUGUCCUCGGAGGCAGUCACCAUUUCAGCUUAGCUGUUCCCUCACCUUUAAAUGAAGUUAAGAACUUGGGUGGACUUGGUUUCAAAUGCGAGCCCCUCUGCCGCCUUGUUGUGUGACCCGGGACAAGUGUCUUCACCUCUCUGGGUCCAUGGUUCCUCGUCUGUAAUAAGGGUAAGGACCAGAGUCCCUCUCACGAGGUCAUUGCAAGGUUCUUUGUGGAAAAUGGAGCGCAGUACCUAGAACAGUGUCUGGGACACAGGCUAACCAGUAACUCAGCUGCCGUUGCUAAGUUUUUCUUUAUCGAUGGCAGAUUUAACAACUGAUGAGCGCCUAUGUGCUGGGCACCAUUCUGGGUUCUGGGGACACAGCAGUGAACAGUAAGGACACAAAUCCCUGCCCUCAUGGUCCCGACGUUUUGGUAGGGGAGACGGAUUUGCCAGUAGGGGCCGAUGCUAGGCCGUGGAGCAUGCCAUGAGAGAGACGGGAACUUUCCUGGUGGUCAGAGGAAGAGGUGCUGUCUAAGCGGAGGCCUGAGGAUCCAGGCUGAGGAAGAACUAGUGCUUUAGGCUGGAGGCAGGAAUGUACCUGGCCUGUAGAAGGAGCAGCUUGGAGGCCAGAGGGGCUGAAAGCGAGCUGGGGGGAGGGAAGGGAUGAGAUCAGAGAUCACACAGAUCACGAAAGCCACAGAAAGAUCUUGGCUUUUUGUUUUUCUGCCCAAGCCAGGGGAGCUUCUGAGAAGAGGAGGGACUCAAUCUGAUUGGUGUUUUAACAGGAUCCUUCUGCUGUAAUGGGGGCACUGCAGCCUGGAGAGGGUAGGACCAGCCUGGGUCACUCAGCAGGCGCCCUCAGGCCAGGCCAGAGCCUCAGCAGGGCAGGGCGGGGCAGCUGGGGAGAGCAAAGUGCAGCCAGGGUGGGGUAGCAUAGACAACCCCGGGCUCCUGGCCAGAGUCUGCCCUGGUGGUGGGUGGCAGGUGUGGGCGAGACCUUAACCCUGCCCUGCCAGGGGCACUGGGAGCCAGAAACGGCCCCUGAGGCUGAGCUUGUCUGGAAGCAGCACCUGGUGUUUGGGUAGGGCCCACACAGUCCCUGGUGGUUAAGACUGUGGACUCGGGAGGCAGGUGGCCUGGGUUCAAAUCCUCAUUCUGCUCACUAGACUGGCAGCAAGUCACUCAUCCUUUCCGGGCCUCCAUUUGCGCUCCCCGCUUGCAAACUGAGGGUGGGACAGUGCCCGUCCCGAAGGAGCAGUGACAAUAGAAUGGGUGACAAGGAGAGGGCUUAGGGUGCCUGGUCAGCAAAAGUGCCUGUAAGGAGAUGCCACAAUUAUGUACACUUGGGGCUGUCCGGGGCUCAGCCCAGGCCUAGGAACCCAGAGCUGGGUCUGCUGAGGGACUUUCCCUGUCCUGUCUUCACAGCCUGAGUGUCUGCCACACCCCAUCCCCCAGCCCUGGUUAAGACAGAGCCAUUGCUGGGUAUAAUUUAUCUCCCCGGAAACUGUGGGGUAUUAUUUCUCUCCCCAGAAACCUCUGACCACCAACUUCUUCUUUUCAGGAAAAAUUUUGGUGGGGGUGGGGUGAGGUGGGGACUAGCACUUCCUCUCGUCUAUGUGUGACCUUGGGCAAGUCACUUCCUGUCUGGGAACCUGGGUUUCCUCACUGGGGGGAGGGAAGGUUGAACGCCCCGAGAAGGAUUGUGGGGGUGUCCUGGGAUGAUCGGGUACCUGUGAAAGGGGUGCUGACAGUUACUAAGUGCUCAGUACAUGCCAGGCACUGUGCCAAGUGCUUCCUUUAUGUGCCCAGACUCAUUUACUCCUCCCACUGCCCUGGGAGGGGGGGACUGUCAUCCCCAGUUUGCAGUUCUCAAGGGGGAGAGUUGCUUGCCUAAGUCACACGGAGUAGGUGGCUCAGCGGGGAUUUGAACCUAGGUCUCUGGAUAUCAGAUCCUGAACUCUGAACCAGUUUUGUUUUUUUUAUCCCUCCUACCAAGGCUGAGUCAGGUGUCACAUGAUCCAGAAGUCUUCUGUGAUUCCCAGACUGGGGAAGGUGCUCCUGGUCACCCUGGGCUUGGCCCUAGGUUGUCACCAGCCUGGAGACUGGACUGUCUCCUGCAUUUGAGGCGAGACGGUCAUCUGCUCCAGCCGGGCCACUGUGAUGCUUUAUGAUGACGGCAACAAACGGUGGCUGCCUGCAGGCACGGGCCCCCAGGUCUUCAGCCGAGUCCAGAUCUACCACAACCCCACGGCCAAUUCCUUCCGCGUGGUCGGCCGGAAAAUGCAGCCCGACCAGCAGGUGGUCAUCAACUGUGCCAUCAUUCGGGGUCUCAAGUAUAACCAGGCCACCCCCAACUUCCACCAGUGGCGUGACGCCCGCCAGGUCUGGGGCCUCAACUUCGGCAGCAAGGAGGACGCGGCACAGUUCGCCUCAGGCAUGGCCAGUGCCCUAGAGGCCUUGGAAGUAGGUGGACCUCCAGCGCCGCUGCCACCGCCGCAACCGCAGGCAGCACCUUCCACCUGGUCUGUCCAGAACGGUCCCUCCCCAGAGGAGGUGGAACAUCAGAAAAGGCAGCCAGAGCACGUGGAGCGGGAGCGUCGGGUCUCCAAUGCAGGAGCCCCACCUGCUCCCCCAGCUGGGGGACCACCCCCGCCUCCAGGACCUCCCCCUCCUCCAGGUCCCCCCCCACCCCCUGGUCUGCCCCCCUCAGGGGUCUCAGCUGGAGGGCAUGGAGCUGGGGGAGGCCCACCCCCUCCACCCCCUCUCCCCACAGCAGCAGGCCCCAGUGGUGGAGGGACAGGGGCCCCUGGCCUGGCUGCAGCCAUUGCUGGAGCCAAACUCAGGAAAGUCAGCAAGCAGGAGGAGGCCUCAGGGGGGCCCCCAGCCCCCAAAGCUGAGAGCAGUCGAAGCACAGGCGGGGGCCUCAUGGAAGAGAUGAACGCCAUGCUGGCCCGGAGAAGGAAAGCCACACUAGUUGGGGAGAAACCCCCCAAGGAUGAAUCUGCCAAUCAGGAGGAGCCAGAAGCCAGAGUCCCAGCCCACAGUGAAUCUGUGCGGAGACCCUGGGAGAAGAACAGCACAACCUUGCCAAGGAUGAAGUCGUCGUCUUCAGUGACUAUUUCCGAGGCCCACCCCUCUACACCCAGCUCUGGUGAUGAGUCAGACCUGGAGAGGGUGAAACAGGAGCUUCUGGAAGAGGUGAGGAAGGAAUUGCAGAAAGUGAAAGAGGAAAUAAUUGAAGCCUUUGUCCAGGAGUUGAGGAAGAGGGGUUCCCCCUGACCACAGGGCCCCAGAAGAUCCCGUUUCUCCUUUCCACACACCCCGCCUGUCACCCUGCUUUCCCUGCCUCUACUUGACUGGGAAUUGGCUGAAGGAAUGCGUCUUCCCUACUCCCUAUCCCACUUGGAAAAUUCCAAGCAGGUGUGGCUUCUGCCAUGCCCACGCCCAUACUGGCUGCUGAUUGGCUGGGGGAGCCCCCACCCUUUGCUCCCUUUGGUCCUUCCCCUCUGCCAUCCCCUUGGGGCGGGUUCCUCUGCUGGGAUGCACCAAUUAACCCCACAGUAAGGGGGAAGGAAGGAGGGAAUUUCACAUUCCCUUGUUCUAGAUUUCACUUUAACGCUUAAUGCCUUCGAAUUUUUGUUUUUUUAAGGAGAAAAAAUAUAUAUAUAUAUAUUUAGGUUUUUGGGGGGAAGGGAAUUUUUUUUCCUCUUUGAUUUUGAUAAAAUGGGGUGUGGGAGUUUUUAAAUAUAGCUCCAGGCUUGUCCCAUUCCGGGCAGCUUUUUAAGGGGGGGAUGUCCCACCAGGCUGGGGGCACCUCCCCUCACCCCAAGGGACAUCCCUUCCCUCUGGCUCCUUCCCCUUUUCUAUGAGGAAUUAAGAUGCUGUAACUUUUUAGAACCUCAGUUUUUUGAUUUUUUUAUUUGGGUAGGUUUGGGGUCCAGGCCAUUUUUACCCCCUUAGGGAAAAUAAGAUGAGGGAGAAAGGAAAGGGGGAGGAAAGCUCCCCUCUCCCUUCACCUUUAGCUUCUUGAAAGUGGGCCCCUGCAGAAUAAAUCUGCCAGUUUUUAUAAAUGCUAAGAUUUCUGGAGUGAU